AUGGGCCCUGCUUCACCCGCCAAGGCCCUCUGCAGCUGCUGGGGCCGUGCCGACCCCUCGCUGAGGCGCAACGAGGAACCUUUGCGCCACGUGACCUGUUUGCGUCUGCCAUUCGUUCCGCCGCUCUCUGCAGCGACAACGAUGAUGCGGGCAGGGGGCGAGAUUGGCUGGCAGGGACCUGGGCCAGUGGCUGACCAUUGCCUCGAGCAGAGUGUCCUAGACUCUGCACAUCGUUGUUUUUUGCGGUGUGUUUGGCGUGCGCUGAAAGCACAAGUUUUUUCAAAAUGCGCAACCGUGCAUGGUGUUGGCUCAGCUGGUUGGACGCAUGGCCCGACGGUGGCUGAGCUGACUGACUGCUGCGUUACGGUUCGGUAUCCCCCGCCGGAGCAUAGGUGUGCAUCAGCUGCGCGGGUGUGUGUGCCCUCUCUUUGGCAGUGUGCUUCGCCGCACCGACCUGCUUUCACUUAA